GUCUCUCCACGCCUCAGCCAUGGCGUCCAAAGUCCCCCACUUGAUGACCCUCGCCGACCUCUCAGCUCCCCAAAUCCUCCGCAUCCUCUCACACGCACACCACCAGAAACACCUCGCCACGCCAUGGCUCCGACCACAACAAGUCGGUGGCAAGAAAUCCCUACAGCUCUCCAAGCUGAAAAUGCCGUCCCAGUCCCUGUUCAACAAGUCUAUCGCGCUCUUGUUCUCUAAACGAAGCACACGGACUCGUGUCGCUGCAGAGACGUCUGCCGUGCUCCUCGGAGGACGCGCUCUUUUCCUUGGAAGGGAGGAUAUCCAGCUCGGUGUUAACGAGAGCCCUCGCGAUACGGCGCGUGUUAUUGGAGGGAUGUGUGAGGGCAUAUUCGCCCGUGUCGGUGACCACUCAGAAAUAGAGGAACUCGCUCGCUACUCGCCCGUACCCGUCCUAAACGCUCUCUCCUCCCUCUGGCACCCCACCCAAACCCUCGCAGACCUCCUCACCCUCCACGAACACGCCCACCUCUUCGACCCCUCCAUCCCCGCUCCCACAGAAGACUCCCGAACCAAAGGCGUGCCCUCCCUCCCGAUGCUCAAGCCCCUCACGAUCACCUACGUCGGAGACUCCGCCAACGUCCUCCACGAUAUGCUCGUCACCCUCCCCCGUCUGGGCCACAAACUCCGCGUCGCGACACCGCCGCAAUAUGGGUGCCCGGAGCCGGUAUGGGCGCGUGUGAAGGAACUCGGGUGUGAUGUCGAGGGCGCGCAGCUGGAAAGCGGGUUGCCUGGGAUUCCGAACGGUGGGAUUUGGUGGGGUGCGGAUCCUAAGGAAGCGGUGAAGGGCGCUGACGUGGUUGUUACUGACACAUGGAUUUCGAUGGGCCAAGAGGCUGAGAAGGAGGAACGAUUGAAGGCUUUCGAGGGAUAUCAGGUAACGGAGGCGCUUUGCAGGGAGGGUGGUGCGAACCCGGACUGGAAGUUCAUGCACUGUCUGCCUCGUAAACCCAACGAGGUCGACGACGAGGUUUUCUACGGUCCCCGGUCACUUGUCUUCCCGGAAGCUGACAACAGGAAGUGGACCAUCAUGGCCGCGUUUGACCUUCUUUUCGGAAAGUGGGACAUCACUGGUGAGCGUGAGGCAGCCCGUAGGCAGUCCUUCGCACAGGCUCUCAAAGCCUGAUCUUGGGAUUUUAAUCCAAGUAUAAAAGAGACUUAUCGACCUCCUGUAAUUCGAUACUAUCCACAUCAAAAUCUAACCCUCCAUCGCGAGCGUUGACUUCCAGGGGAAGUAC